AUAAACUUCACAUUAGAUGGAAUAAAAUUAUUAAAAUAAUUUAAUUGUUCAAUAUGCCUUUUAACUAUUAAUGAUUCAUUUAUAACUAAAUGUGGUCAUAAUUUUUGCAAAGUUUAAUUAUAUUUAAAAAAUAAUAAUUUAUAAAAUAAAGGGUUGUAUUUUAGAAACAAUAAAUCGAUAUCAUAAAUGUCCUUUUUGUUAAACAAUUUUAAAUGAAAGUGAAAUAUUUCCAGAAUAUAGUCUUAAUAAUGUUAAAAAUACUAUUUUAUAAGAAUAUGAUAAAGCAUCAUUAUAAACGAUUGAAGAAAUUUGUGAUUAUAAAGAUUAAGGAUUUAAAGAUAAUAUAGUCAAAAUUUUAAAAGAAAAAUUUGCUGAAACUGCAAUAUUAUAUAUAUCUAAAUUUGAGGAAAACAUAAAAAAUAUCUAAACAAAAAAAAAAGAAAUAUAAAAUUAAAUAAACUAAAUCUAAAAAUCAGAAAAAAACUAUAUAGGAUAAUUAAAAUACUAAGACAUAAAAUUAUAAUUAGAUUAAUUAGAAAUUUAAGAAAAAGUAAUAUAUGAUUAUUUUAUAUAAAGUAUCCAAAAAUACUUCUAAUAACUUCAAAAGCCUGAAAUACUGGAGAUAAAAACAGAUUUAAUAAUACUAAAAAAAAAUUAUAUAAUAAAAAACUUUUAUAUAUAACCUACUAUGUUCAUAAAUGAUUUUAAACAAAUUUUAAUUUAAACUUUUUUACAAAAAAAUAAUCCUAUAUAGGAAAAUUUACUUAAACUUGAGAACAUAUAUAUAGUAAGUGUUCCAUUAGAAUUUUCUUAAUAAAUAAACAAUAAUUUUUAAAAAAAUAAUAUAAAUGAAAUGAAUUAAGAAUAAAUUUAGGAAUUUCUAUAAAUAUAAAACUAAAAUUUUAAUUAAUAAAUAAAUUUCUCUUAAUUAUUUUCUUUAGAAAUAGUUAACUCUCUUUAAAUUAAAUAAGGUUCCACUAUAUUUAUAAUAGGAAAUAUACCUUGUAAUCAGAUUUACCAGUUUAAUGUUUAACUUACGAUUUUCAAAAAGGACUCUAUUCAAAUUAUUACAGAUGUGAGACUUGUGAUUUGAAUUGGAUUUGUGAAGGAUGUUCUGAUGUAUGUCAUAAAGAGCAUAAAUCCGUAAUUUAAUUAUAAGAUCAUUAACCUUAGUGGGCUUGUUGUUAUUGUGCCA